AUGUAUAUAAAUCAUCACUAUGUUUCUUGUUUAAUAAUAUUAAUCUAUUCAUCGUUCAUUCUUUGUCAACGUUCAUCACCAUUACAAGUUGAAAAAGAUGCAGCUGUCUAUUCACUACUUGAAAAAUAUCAUCAUUAUAGUGAAUUAGAUCGUCUUUUACAACAAUGGGAAAAGAAUUAUACAAAAAUUGCUGAAUUAUUUAAUAUUGGAAAAAGUAUUAGUGGUCGAAGUUUAUUUGUUAUGCAUCUUACAUCACCACUGAUGACUGAUAUUGAAAAAGAACAAGAUGAAAAACAAUUAUUAAAACCGAAAUUUAAAUAUGUUGCAAAUAUGCAUGGUGAUGAAGUAAUUGGUCGUGAAAUGAUGAUAGCUUUAAUAUAUUAUUUAUUAUUGAAUUCAAAAUCAGAUACACGUAUUAAUCGUUUAUUAUCAACAACCGAUAUUUAUGUCAUGCCUAGUAUGAAUCCGGAUGGUUUUGAAAGAUCUACUCAAGGUUUAUGUGAUAGUCGUACAAUUCGUGGUCGUGGUAAUGCAAAUGAUAUUGAUCUUAAUCGAGAUUUUCCAUCACCAUUUCAACCGCUUAAACAAUUACAAAAUGGCACUACUACUGAUAUUUUUUAUGAAAGACAACCAGAAACAGUCGCACUUAUGAAAUGGAUAUUAAAAGAAAAUUUUGUUCUUAGUGCUAAUUUGCAUGGUGGUUCACUUGUUGCUUCAUAUCCAUAUGAUGAAACAAUUCAUCAUACUCCUAAUACAUAUGGACAAUCACCAGAUGAUUCAUUAUUUCGAUAUUUAGCACGAACUUAUGCUAAUAAGCAUUUAACGAUGACUAAAGGUGAAGGAUGUGCUACUGAAUUUCCUGAAGGAAUAACAAAUGGUGCAAAAUGGUAUGAUGUAUCAGGUGGCAUGCAAGAUUUUAAUUAUUUACAUAGUAACACAUUUGAAAUAACAGUGGAAUUAAGUUGUUGUAAAUAUCCAUCAGUUGAAGAUGGUAUUCUACAAAAAGAAUGGGAUAAUAAUAAAGAAGCAUUACUUUCAUAUAUGGAAAUGAGUCAUCUUGGUAUAAAAGGUUUUAUUCGCGAUACUGAAACACAAACGGGUAUUUCAGGUGCAUUAAUUCAAGUGGAAGGUGUUCUUCAUCCAGUUCGUAGUGUUAAACAUGGUGUCUAUUGGCGUUUAUUAUUACCUGGUUUACAUAAUAUAACAGUAACAGCAUCAGGAUAUUUACCACAAACAAAAUUUAAUGUCAAUGUAACCAAUGAAAAUUUAACAAGUGCUUUUCGUCUUGAUUUUAAUUUACAACCUGCUUUUCAAGAUACAUCAUCAUCUAUUAAAGAUGUUUCAUCAAUAAAUGAUGUUUUUAAUUCAUUAUCAAGUUAUGCUAAAAAAUUAAUGAACAAUUCACGUGAAUAUAUUCUUAAAACUUUAAUUGAACCAACAAAUAAAUUUCAAUAUCAUAAUUAUAAUUCAAUGGUUGAAAAAUUAAAAGAAUUAAAUAAUAAAUAUCCAAAUAUAACAAGUUUAUAUACAAUUGGUAAAAGUAAUGAAAACCGUGAUUUAUGGGUUAUGAUUAUAAGUGAUCAACCACUUAUACAUGAACCAGGUGAACCAGAAGUUAAAUAUAUUGGAAAUAUGCAUGGUGAUGAAGCUGUUGGACGAGAAUGUUUAAUUCUUUUUAUUGAAUAUUUAUGUAUAAAUUAUGAAAAAAAUGAAUACAUUACUCAACUUAUUAAUAAUAUUCGUAUACAUAUAAUGCCAACAAUGAAUCCGGAUGGUUUUGAAUAUGAAUAUAAACAAACAGUACACUUACAAGGACCUGGUCGUUUUAAUGCUCAUAAAAUUGAUUUAAAUCGAAAUUUUCCAAAAAUUGAACUUGAACCAUUAAACAACAACAAUGAUAAUAAUAUUGUUAUACCAAAACAAAAUUCCGAUAAUAAUAGAUAUUAUUUAGAUGAAUUAACUAAUACACAAGAAAAUAUUGAACCAGAAGUUCGGGCUGUAAUGCAUUGGUCACUUAUUUAUCCAUUUGUAUUAUCAGCAAAUUUACAUGGUGGUGCUCUUGUUGCUAAUUAUCCAUUUGAUGGUAAAAUACAAGAUUCAACUAGAAAAGAAAGCAAAUCACCUGAUGAUCAAACAUUUAAAAUGCUAGCUAAAGCUUAUUCACAUGCUCAUCCGAAAAUGUAUCAAGGUAAUGCAUGCAUUAGAUUUAAUGAUGGAAUAACAAAUGGUGCUUCUUGGUAUAUUGUUGAUGGUGGUAUGCAAGAUUGGUCAUAUGCAUAUACAUCUGAUAUGGAAAUAACAAUUGAAUUAGGCUGUAAUAAAUAUCCUGAUGAAACUGAAUUAGAAUCAUAUUGGGAUGAUAAUAAAGGAGCUUUAUUAGCUUAUAUUACUCAAGUUGUUCAUGGUAUUCGUGGUUUUGUAUUUGAUUCGAAAACAAAAAUGCCAUUGUCAGGAGUUAUUAUUCGUGUACAUGGUAUUCAACAUAAUGUUAGUAGUUAUCGUGAUGGCGAUUUUUUCCGUUUAUUAACGCCUGGUAUAUAUGACAUAACAGCUGAACGUAUUGGAUAUCAAUCUGAAACAAAACAAAAUAUACUAGUUGGCAGUGAAUCUUCAACAUAUGUUGAAUUUAAAUUAAAACGUAAAGAUUUCUUGAAUGAUAGUAAUAAUACUAAUAAUGAUAUAAAAGGAACAUUUUCAACAUUUGUUAAUAUAACAUCAACAAAUGUUCGAACAUUAUAUCAUCACACCAAAGAAUUUAUACUUCAUCAAAAACUUUUUCUUAUUAUUGCUGGCAUAUUUGUUUUAGCUAUUAUUUUUGCAAUUGUUGUGAUAUAUUUGAAGUUUUGUCAAAAAUCAACAUCACGUGCUCAUACUGGUUUUCAACGAUAUGAACCUUUAGUUCAAGAUGAAAAUGAUUUGCCAAAAAUGGAAAGACAUAAUGGAAGAAAAGCUUUAAGAAAUAAUCAUGUUAUAGUAAGUGAAUCAUCUGAUGAUGAAGACGAUCAAACAUUAUUUUCAUCAAAAAUCAAGAAACCAAUGAUUCCUUAA